AUGAAUAGUGUGAAGGCAAAUACCCUGGUGCAUUUAUACAAGCAGCUGAAAACUAUCUGGAGUCCACUAGCAGUGCCAGCACAACUCUGCAGCCUGGCCGCCUGCACUCGUAAAAACAGGAAUGAUGCAUUGCAUCCACUUUGGCAGAGUCCGCUUACAAUUCCUGGGGGCACCCGCCAGUCUCCUAUCAAUAUCCAGUGGAGAGACAGUGUUUACGACCCCUUUCUGAAGCCUCUGAAAAUCAGCUAUGACCCAACAACGUGUCUUCACAUCUGGAACAAUGGAUAUUCAUUCCUGGUUGAGUUUGAUGAUUCUACCGAUAGAUCAAUAAUUGUUGGAGGUCCCUUGGAAAACCAAUACAGGCUAAAGCAGUUCCACUUCCAUUGGGGAGCUAUAAACGAGUGGGGUUCAGAGCACACAGUUGACAGUAAAUUUUACCCGGCAGAGUUGCAUUUAGUACACUGGAAUGCCGUUGUGUACCCAAGUUUUGAAGAAGCUGUAAUGGAAGGUAAUGGCUUGGCUGUUAUUGGAGUGUUUUUAAAGCUAGGAGCACAUCAUGAAGGGCUGCAGACACUGGUUGAUGCCUUGCCAGCAGUUAAACACAAGGACACUGUUAUCGAGUUUGAUGUCUUUGAUCCCUGCUGUUUGAUACCUUCGUGCCCUGAUUAUUGGACCUACGCGGGUUCUUUGACUACUCCCCCACUUACCGAAUCAGUCACAUGGAUUAUUAAGAAGAAGCCAAUAGAGGUUGAUGAGAAUCAGCUGGAGGCAUUUCGGAUGCUGCUCUUUACUUCAGAUGGUGAAGAAGAAAAGAGAAUGGUAGACAACUUUCGCCCUCUUCAGCCCUUAAUGAACCGAACCAUCCGUUCAUCCUUCCAAAGCAGGCAUCUCUUGAAUACUGAAGUACAGCCCAAGGACCAUGCUGAGCAGAUCAGGCCAUAGAUGGCCCAUGAAAUGUCAGUCCAGACUGCAAUACCUGGAUAUAACUGACGUUAGUUUUUAAUUAUUUUUCCGUUUUCUGCAGUGUGUGUAUGUCGUACAGUUUCACAGCCAGCCAGUUUCAGUUCUGCUAAGUGCCAUUUGACCUUCAGUAGAGAAGCUGUGAGGUUUUUUAGUUUUGCUUUUUUUUUACGAAGUAAAUAAUAUUAACCCUUAACAAAUUGACUUGCUUUAAAGCAGGGAUCAAUAAGGAAUUACUUUGACAGUUAAAGGAAAAAUAAGGGCAGGAGAUCUCUUCCCCUGCCUCUUUUCUGAAUUGUUCUGUGUCUCUUCAAAUGCUCUUUCAGUGACUUGCAUGAAUUAUUAUCCCAACUAAAAACAUGUUAGCAAGCAGGAAGUGUGAAGAAGUGAAAAGUAUUAAUGCUGAUCAGGUCCUUUUGUGGAAUUGUUUCAGAGGUUUGGGAAGAGAACUAGCUUCUCUAGUCACAUAUACAGAGACGUUUUAUCUUCUUCCUUUUUCCUUGGUGCUUAGGAUGACAAGAGGAGAAGGAAAAAAAUGACUUAUAGAAUCUAACCUCUUUCCAUUCUAUUGACUGCAUGAUCCAUAUUUGAUAUGGAUGCCACAGAAUGUCCACUAUAUCUACGCCACAAGCUAGAAGUCUUUUUCUAAAACCUUAUAACAAAUGUAGAAGCUUUUAGCUUUGGCAGCUUUUACUUUUCUGUAUUAAUAAUGUACCAGGACAAGAGAGCAGAAGAGAAUUCACCAGUAUCUCGAGAUAGGCAAGAGCAGCAAAUUAGGUGAAAAUGUCCAAUUGAUCCCAGGAAACUGAUCACAUCAAAGGAAAGCAAAAUUAGAUAAGCCCCAGCUGACCCUCCCAAUGGGAUUUAGGGGAAAAAAAACCAAACCAAUUUCUGAAAGCUAAUCCAGUGCUAGGAGAGUAUAGACAAAAUGCAGCGUUCAGAUACUUGAAAGAUUUUUUUUCAGUAACUCGCAGAGCACCAGUGCACUCUUUUCAAAGCUUUGUCUUAAGAUGUACUUUUCUUAUAAAAAGAGUUACCUAGCUUCAGGACAACCAGGGACCAGAUUGUAUAUAGCACCUUAUGGUAACAAACUUAAGUGGUGGUUGAAAUUUAUUUGUGGACCAGACAGAAGUGUUGUGUAAGCUGCCAGCUGUGGAGCCUUAUCCUAGAGUUAUGGUCCAAUUGCCACAAGUAUUGUCUACCUCUGAAGCAUACUACUACUAGCCAUAAUUUUCUCUUGAGCACCUUUCUCACUGGCUUUUUAUGCUUUACUGUAUUUAACAGUGUGCCUGUGCAUGAAAUUCAUGUACCAAAUGUAUGGUCAGAUUUUCUGAUGAGGAGCAAGUCUGUCUGUAAACUCAUGAUGUGAUCUUGAUUGAUUGUAUUUGAGGAGUCUUCUUGGAGAACAGAUGUUACUUGGUCUGCUUCUGCCAGCAAAGUCACUGGUUGCUGGUGUGAUUCAGCACAAGUGAAGCCAGGACAUUAGCUUGUCAAUACUAAAUUCAGAACUUUAGAAUUGAUACUUUUUUUUUUUUUAAGUCCAAGCGUUCAGUUUAAAAGCACUUUAACACUUUUUAGUGUGACCCUGAUGAUUUUAAGGCUUUUGAAUAUUCUUGUUUAACCAAUUAAGUGCCCAGGUCCUGCCUUUGUUUCCUUAAUAGCUCUACCUCAGGCUGUUGUUAUGCUGCAAGAGUUGUGCCUUUCUCCUGUGGCAAUUUGAAACGUGGCCACUUAACCUUAGAGUGACUCUACAUGUUAAAUAUAAGAAAAUCUCUCUUCCAGCCCAGUGUAGUUAUACUUAUUUUUACUGUGUAGUUUAUUCAACGUGGCAGUAUAUAUCUUCAGUUUCAUUACUUCUCCCAAGCCCUUACUGCUCAGUUGAACCUUACCAUCUUGGUUGAACUCUGCAGAACUAUACUAUCUCAGUUGAACUAUACAGUCUUUGGCAUCAUCAGACAGACUUUUUACUAUGUUGCUGGUCUGCAGAAUCACAUCAGUGAUGAUUUUGCCAGAGAAUGACAGGUUCCAAAAUAGUUUUGGAAGGGAUAUCUACAGUUCUGGCAAUAGGGAAAAGAAUUCUUUUACUUUCUGCCUGAAUGUACGUGAUAUAGUCACUGUUAAGCUUGAGGUUUUCGUUCAGUGCUGUUCUUGCAAACACUUUUCUGAGGAGGACCACGUAGAAAGAUGGCAGUGAUUCAGAACUGGCAUAUAUCUUGUCUAUCUUGGAGAUUUUUUUGCUACUCAUUAUUAACAGUUAGGAAAAACUGUAAUACAAAGACAUCUUAAUGUUGCCUUCACAUUUAAAAAUACAGGUGAUGCAGCAGCACUAAGCUAGCUAUAGAUAGCCUGUAUCAAUAUCCCUGUCAUAUAUGAAUGGGUCUUUUGAAAAGCUUCAUGCAGUUGCUCAAAGUUUUUUAGUUGCCUUGGUAAUUUUCACCAAGUUUUUGUGUACCUCUGAUCCCCUGAGCUUGUUUCACUAGUUAAUAUAGCUUUCCUAGCAUAUGCAAAUACAAAAUACGUAUUUUGUUCUUAGGGAACUACUGUGGUGUAAAUGUUUAAUAAUGCUGUAGUAUACUCAUACCCAACUGAGUUCUCAAUGGUUAGGUUUGCUCCGCUGAACCAAAUUUUCUUCCUAGGUGUGUAAAUCUCUUUUUAACAUGCUCACCACCAUGCAUCCAUCAGAGAUGACGUUGAAUAUUCUAUUUUCAGUGAUCUAUUUAAAAUUCUCAUAGAGAUUUACUUACCUUGUUAAAGUAUUGUCAUGGAAGUUUUGUUAGAGAAUAGGUGAAUUAUCCAGUCAUACACUUAAUAAGCUAUACUCCAUACAUAUUUAGAUAAAAUCACAUCUAAGUGUACUGACAUAAAAUUAAUCACUUUCGGUUUCAUAGCACUGAUCAUUUCAAAUAUCUGGAAACAGGGUCAACAUAGAAAAAAUUAACUCUACUCUGCUACAAAAAUAAGCUUUACAGGGGGUUUCUGUUACAGUUAUUUUGCUGGUUUUGAGUCUUGCAUUUACAUGUUAGUGUUUUAGCAUCUCUGGUUAAGGUAGGCAGUAUCUCAGUUGCAGGGUGGAUUGUUGUUGAAAUUAGCAGUCUGGAAAUGAACAGAAAGGUUUUCUGGGUUUUUUGGUUUUUGUUCUUUUUUUUUUUUUUUAACUUUUAUGUUACAAUGACUGUAUUGGCCUUGCAAAAGCUAACUUGAAGAAAAAUAGUUCUGUUUGCCUGCACAUGUAUGUAAAACAGGAGAUGGGAUAUAAUUCUUUUGCAGUAUUCUCUCAGCUGUGUGUGUGGGAAAAACGACUUGACUUGAUUGUUGGACUAGAGCUAAUACUUGUAAUGGUUUUGCACAACUAAGUUAAACUCUAUUUGAAGGGUGUCUGCAUAGUAAUCUUUAGGCUCUUCUUUUAGAUGGUACAAUACAAAAGGGUCAAAGCACACAUUUGUAUUUUUCCUUGCAUAGUAGUUACUUCCGUUACUUAAUACUGUACUGGGAGGUGUUCCUGUGGCAAUAAGCACUAGGAAUUAAAGACUGUAAUGGAAAUAAUUUUGAGGACAGCUUACUGAAAAGGGAGUAGAAGGUUUUUGAGCAUAGAUCUGCAUCCGUGUUGGUCUGACUUCCAGCUGCCUUUCAAUAUUUCUGUUAAAUGUCGCUCUUAUCAGAAGUCUCGUUCUUGGGGACUUCAUAGUUGGAACAACUUCAUUUGGCGUUUGAAUGUUUGAUCCAUAUUCCUAUAUUCCAGAACUUUCACACCAGUGCACUUCAGGUGUACGCCACUGUGUAUACCUGACCAGUCUUUUGUUGUCUUCUGUCACGAAUGGCUUGCAUUGGUAUUUUUACCACAAGUCUGACAGGAGGGUAUCUUUUGGCUUUGAAAGCUAUAGAAAUGGAGAUUGCUUUGAUCUCACGAAAAUCUACUGGGUUUUAGAGUACUGGAAUUCUACACUGCUUACUGUGGAGGAAGAGUCCCUUUUAAUGCUCAACUUCAUAGUCGAUAGUAUUUGCUUUAAAAUUUGAAUGCCUUAAUUUUGAAUGUCUUAACUUGUGUUUCUUGGCAUAUCUUUGCUUUUUUUCUUUGUGCAUCUUGUUUUCAUGGCAGUUAUUACAUUGUCUAUUUUAAUGUAUGUUAUCUGCCUAAUCAUAAUUUACUGAAAUAAUUGUCUUUGCAGACAACAUAUGUAACAGGGAAUGCCUUUUGUUCUCCUAGGAUACAGGCCUUUUUCCUCAGUUUUUACCUGAUGUAAAGAAACUUCUAGCUGCUGGAUUUUAAACUGUUACAUUAGUGCGCAACUAUGCAAUAAAGAAACACAGAGAAACCUGUGCCUGUAUCUCAUUGUGUAAUUAAGCUCUCCAAGUUAAAAAGUAGAUUUUCUGUCAAGAAAAUAAUACAAUUCCUCCUUGAGAAUGAACAAGUUCAUUAUGAGUGGAGUCUAAUCAGAUGUCAGACAUUCUGUGAUACUUAAAAGCCAUGAAAGACUCUGCUGAACUGUAUUAUAAUUGGAAUGAAAGAACAAUGACUUCUCUGUUGCCGCUGUACUGAUGGAAGGAUAUCUAAUUAUUUGUUACAUUCAGCUAGAUGCAACAUGUCAUCUCAAAUGGGAUUCCAGAUUUUGAGGAUUUUUGCUAAACUAUUUCAUUUGACACUGAUCAUUAAACUUGACCUGUC